AUGUUUCUUAUCACCGCUAUGCUCAUUGGGACACUGCUGGAAACCCUCGCAUACGGCAGCUAUGUCGCCCUCUGCUUCAAGCACUUCCAGAUCUUGGCUGCACGUCGAACCAAGAUUCCUCCCAAACCUUUCGCCUUUCUCACCCUAGUGAGUUUCGCUUUCUUCGUCAUUGCAACAGUUACAGUGGUGUCAGACUUGACAUUUAUCUCUCACAUCUUUACAAAACAUCCGAUCGAAACUAUCAACUUCUCUGGAUACACUCGAAAGGACCGCAUCAAUGAGUUCAGCCAGAUUUUGUCUAUCAUGUUGUCAGAUACGUUUCUGCUCUAUCGCUGCUACGUGCUUUAUAGUACUCAGCGUCGUGUCAUCGUACUUCCAUUCCUCACAUACCUAGCGGAAGUUGGCUUCGGGAUAUGGGGCAUGGUAGCUUUCAAAGGCACCGACAUUGAAGAGAUUGACCCUUGGGCUAACCGCCCAUUGCAACGUCUAUCGCUCGCUGAAACGAUCUUCGGCUUCGAUGGGUUUGCGACAAAUUUAUUGUGCACUAGUGAAUCAUAUCCAAAUCCUCCUGACUCUUCUCUCACAAUCAUACUUAUGCAAGGUCUCAUUGUAUUCCGCUUAUGGCGCUCCCACCGCGAGUUGGUGCGUUUCAAUGUACAGACUUCGACGCGUUCAUCUAGCACCCUGUUCCGUAUUGGUUUCGUGAUUCUCAAUUCCGCUGCAAUUUAUAUUGUUUGGAUGAUAACCGUGUUUGCGACUUCAAUAGCCUCAUCGUUGGUGUACCAAAUCAUUACUCCCAGUUUCUCCUGCAUUACCGCUUUGAUUUUUUCCUCAAUAAUUGUCAGAGCUCCUUCUUCAACUCCAACAUCUGUCACAGAGAUGACGACUAUCAGCUUCUCACAACCUCCCGUGCGAUCUACUGCAUCGCUCUCAGCGUCAGAGAGUAACGCAAGAAAACAAGGCAUCACACAGCGUAGUAGGGACGAGUCUGACUCGACAUUGAGUGCGUACGAGGUAAGGGACGUCAGUGAAGAAUAA